AUGUCUGUUGUCUUUCUUACUGUUCGAUACGUUUAUUCGUCUACAAUAAGAAAAAAAAAACUUUUAUCAAUGACAAAAUCACCAUCAAAUAAUGAUGAUAUUGAAAGUCUUAGUCCUAAUCAUCCUAUUUAUUCCUAUUCAUCAUCAUCAUCAUCUUCACCAAAUCCUUCAAUUGAUUUAAAUUUACAUUCACCUAUAUCAUCUUUAUGUGGUGAUAUUGAUGAUCAACAUAAAAAUUCUCAAGAAAAAUUAUUAUCAACAAAACAACAUAUUGUUAAACCACCUUAUUCAUAUAUUGCAUUAAUAACAAUGGCUAUAUUACAAUCACCAUCACGUCGUUUAACAUUAAGUGGUAUAUGUGAAUUUAUAAUGAGUCGUUUUCCAUAUUAUAAAGAACGUUUUCCAGCAUGGCAAAAUUCAAUACGUCAUAAUUUAAGUUUAAAUGAUUGUUUUUUAAAAAUUCCACGUUCACCAGGAAAUCCAGGCAAAGGAAAUUAUUGGACAUUAGAUCCAGCAAGUGAAAAUAUGUUUGAUAAUGGUUCAUUUUUACGUCGACGUAAACGUUUUAAACGUUUAAAUCAACAUCAUUCAACUUAUUUUCAUCAUGGACCACCAUCGUUUCCUCUAUUACCAUUACCAUUUGUUCCAAUAAAACGAUAUGUACCAUUAAUAUUACCAUCUUCUUUACCAGUAUCAAUACCUCAUAUUCCAACAACACAACAAAGUUCAUCAAAAACUUCAUUUACAAUAGAUAAUCUUAUUGGAAAUAAUAAAACUAAUAUAAAUUCUGUUUAA